GUCUUGUCAUUAAUUAGUGUCAAAUUUAUUUACGCGAAUUUCUUGGUUUUCCUCUUGAGAUCUUCACAAAUCCCAUCGAAAAACAAGUAAAUCAGUUUCAAAUUAGAAGAUUUAUUAAUCGGCCUAUAUGUAUUGGAUUAAAGUGUGUGGGAAUAGUGAGUUUUCAAAAUGUUAGUUGCGUGCGGGCUGAUGUUAUUGUUGAGUUCAGUGCGGUGUGGGAACAUCGAGAGCAAUGGUUUGAUUUUGGGCAAAGGGUUUGAUGGGAGCGUGUCUUAUUCGUACUGGCCAUCAAUGCUGCACGCGACGAAUAUGAUGAGGAUACGUAAAAGGGAGUUGCAGACAGAAGGAGGAAGCGUAAAGGUUGAAGCGCCGCCACCUGCUGAAAGCGCUGCCCAGCCCGCUGCUUCUGAUUCAGUGCCUGCGGCUCCUCAAUCCGUAGCUUCUGAUCAAGCGCCUAAUUCACAACCAGAGCAUGCAGCGCCUUCACCACAGAUACCAGACACAAAGCCUAAAAAAGAUGACCAACCUCCUGCUAAGCCUGACGAAGUGAAAAACAAUGACACACCUAAAGUAGACAAUCCCAACGAUCAUACCCUUGUAAAUAGUUCUUCCACAGCUGAAACAAGUAUAGAAACAGCAAAAAAUAAAUCUUCCUCAAAUGAAGAUAAGGUAGAAUUAGGCCCCGGUUUUGUGAAGCGAGGAGUCAUCGUUUUUGGGGGCUUCGCACUCCUAGCUGUAGCAUAUUUCAUAUUUUAUAGGAGAAAAAGCAGUAAAAACGAAUCGAACAACUCGCACAACGCUAUUGAUGCCAACCAAUUCCGCUAUGGUGUACUCCAAUCAGAAGAUCGGAGAGACAACCUAGAACUAUCUCGAAUACCUUUAACUAUGGAAUCUGACGAAGACGACGAUGACUAUUUAGAAAUAUUUGACUUAGAACAGAAGAAAAAGUCUAUGUCCUAUGUUAAUUUGCAAGUAAACGAUGAAGAGGUCGUGAAUGGACCUAAAGAUAAUGCAGAUGGUAACGAUAGAGAUAACCUCUUAUUAGACAUAGAAGAUUCUAAUUACGAUCCACUGAUUAACUGGUCAGGUAAUGGUAACAAGUCAAUAUUAUAAUUUAUUUGAAUCUACCCAGAAGUAACGAUUCCGGUUGUUUAAUUCUAACAUUAAAAUUAACAAAGCUGGGCUUUGGCAUUUUAUAGUUUUUUAUGUGUAGCUGCUUUUUUUUUUUAUUACAAAAUUGAUAAAGAUGAAUUAAUUUAAAAAGCUCAUACCUAUAUCGUUUUUCAUUUGCAAGUACAUUUCAUUAAUAUUUUAUAUUUCAUCAUAUUAUUUUCUAGCUUAACUUGACUGACAAAUUAUAGAUUUGCUUUGAUUUAUUUUCUUAUGUUUUUUCCUAUACAUAUUUACUAUUUUUUUAGCUGACUAAACAAAGUUGAUUACUUAUUCCAAUUCCAUUUUCCAAAAUAACAUUUAUUUUAAAUAUAAUUUAAUUAUAUUUUAAGGUCUUUUCUGUAGGCAUUACCAUAGAUUAAAUGGAGCUUGUGAUAAAGGAAAGAGGCUUAGUUUUAAGAAGUUAUUAUGCCAGAUAAUACUAAACAGUCUUACUAAAUAUUAAAAUUCGGCUACGCCGCUGUCUGAAAUAACUACAAUAUUUUCCAAAUUAAAAGCAUUUUUAAAUAAAUAUUAGGUGAUUAUUCUGAUAAUUUGAUAUUAUUUACUUUCAACAUGCAUUUAUUUAGUAUUCUGAAGACUUAAAAUUAUGUUGUUAGAUGCAUUGAUGUUAGUUGAGAAACUUGCAUCACUACAUUAUAAUGCAAUAAUUAAUUUAGAAUGUAGCGACUCACUGCUCAACUGUCUUGUUCGGGAAUUAACGAGAACUCAAUUAGAGCGCGAAAAGUAUUUAUUACGGUAUUUGGAAUAACAUGACAGUAACAAUGUAGCGGCACAGUGAAAAAAUAAUGCCUUGUUUUGUUCUUGGGAAGCUUGUAACUAAAUGUUUGCAGAAGUAACACAAAAUCUACUGAAGUGCAGUUCGCAUCAAAAGUAUUUAUUCUAUUAUUUGUACUUACUAUCGACUUUUUUAAUAGUAUACUCAACUGAAAAUCAAGUGUAACAGUUGCAUUGCAAAAGUUGCUGGUACUUUUUAUGCUGACUCUACCUUUGUAGACUAGGCAGAAAAAACAGCACUUCCAAUAAAGUAAUUAUGUAUUGUAUAAUUAAUAAGUUUGUUGCAAUAUUCAUGAAUUUUAUUGGUAAUUUCAGUACUAUAAUGUCAUAACUUGAAAUCAGUAUACAUUACAAUUUAAUCCGAAAGAACAACUUAGUGUAGAAAAAGAGCAUUUUCUACUUAAUAAGGCUGUUUGAACUUGUUUUUUUUAAAUAAUUUAUGAAGACUAACAAUACUUAAGUAUGUUUUCAGUACCUAACAUAUAUCAAUCGUUUUGUGUACUUAUUAUAAUUUUCUGUAAUUAUUUUUGUUAUGCCUACCUACUUACAAUAUUCAAAGUCGCUUUACUUAAAAAUAAUGAUGUACUUUCUUCAAAUACCUAUUUAGUAUUUUUUUAGUUUUGUACAAAAUUACUAAAAUUGUUAUAGUAAAGCGUGUGCCAUUUUUCCUUUUUGCUUUUAUUUGCACCUGGGACUUAAAAGGGUUCAAUUCCUUUACGUUUAAAGGCAAAAAUAGCUUAUUAACAAAGUAGUCACUAUUGGCUAAGUUUUCUCUCUUAUAUUAAAAUAUUCGCAUCUAAGUAAUUGCAUUGGCAUUUUGUUUAUUUAUAUUUUUAUUUCGCAUUAUUACCUAAUAUUGGUGGCGCAACAAUAAUUGAGGCAUGUCAUACUCACACUGAUGUAAUAUUUGUAUAGAACACACAAAACGCAAGAAUACGCAAGAUGUCAGCACCAAAAGCAUAUUAUACAAAAUUUUGCUUGUGUGAUGGCCUCAACUUUCUUUGCGCGACAAAUAACCGAUAUAGAGUAAAAAUAGUAGGUUAUUACUAUAAAAUAUAGCCUAAGAUUAUCCCUCAUUGACGGAAAAUCUGUUUAACUCUUUGCUUUAAGGGGAUUAAACUUGUGGCAUAUUUUGAUGAAUGGUUCAAAAGAAAUAAAAAUAUUUUUUCUAGUUCAUAUUUUAUUUUGAUGAUGUUUCAUUAUCUUGGGUAUUGUCAGUAGAUUUUUGGAACUAACCAGUCAAAACAAAAGUUUAUUGGUAGAUCGUUAGUUCCAAAAAUAUCCGCUAGCAGCGCCACUCCAAAGUGCAUUUAUAUAUUUUUGAAUUUUGUCUGUACAUUAUUGUAUUCAAUGACAUAUCAAUAUGUAGUACGAAAUUUAAAUCAGGCAUAUAAGUAGAAAUUCUAUAAAAAUUAAAAUGUCGCGAUGUGUUUGUUUGUUGUAGCAGUACCAAUAGAAACUGUCAAUUUUGUUAAAGAUUAAUAUUUACAUAACACAACUUUGAAAUCAAAGAUAAGUUUGCUCUAAUCACUAGAUACAUACAUAGACAGAUACCUAUCAAGGUUAAUGGCUUUAUUUGAUAGAAAAAAAAAACAUUUUCUAUUGGCACGGACAUACUUCAAUCCACAUUCAAAUCCACAUCAUAUUGUUCUGAUCUGAUAUGAAUUUCCCCUAAGCCUCUGCUAAACAGCGAGCAUGAGCAUGGUGAAAUAUAAAAUGUCAAAUGUAUGAAUAACACGCUAUGAUCAUGCCCACUGUCCUGCCAGAAGCGUUAGUAAAUAAGUUAGUUAAAAACUUUAGUCAUAGUAACUAGUAUUUCUAAUCAUUCUGCCUAAUAAUUUUCAUAAUAUUAACACGUUCACUUGCCUCGUAUUCCAACGUAGAAUUAUAGGAAAAUUUUCAGAAAUUUUGUUCUGUAGACUGGCUAAUUUGUUACUGUUGAACGAAAAUUUUGUUAAAUUAUGUAUUACAUAAUGUUUUAUUUUACCUAUUAUGAGCUCAGCGACACUACAUAAUAUGUGCAAACAUGCAGCUCUAAUCUAAAGCAAUAAAAAUAAUGUUGAUACUGCAAGAUAAGCCUAAAAAUGUGACCUAAGAACACAUAAAACUUAUUUGCCCAAUGGAUUUGGUUGUAGCCUGUAUUAGAGCUGUGUGUAUGCAAUCGUGUAAAUAAGACCGUGUUAUUGCACUUGAUAAGAUAAUUAAUUUUGCAAAACUGAGGUGUUCCCCGCAGACUAAAGACUUUUAGUCGGUAGUUGGGCCAGCUUCCAAUUUGUAUGAAGAAUCAGCAGAUACCAAAUCGGUGUAUUGUGCGCACUUCCUUACAUGUUCAUAUUGAUAAACAGCAUGACCCAUCAAUCGGCCGACUGAGUCUGCAGGGUGUCUAACACUGAAAACAAAGAUACGUAACGCACACAUACGUAAGUGAUGCGUGUACGCCGAGUUUUGAGGUAGUUUUACUUCCAUUGUAAUUACAUAGAUUGUAUGUGCAGUUGACAGCACUUCAAGGCAUACAUUUUUGUUGCAAUAGCAACUGUUAAAAUACGUAAAAUGUCACAGUGUGACUUGAUGUGCCGUCAAACGUACCGUUAAAGCCAAGGACUUAGCUGUAAGUUCGUUUUAAAUAUGACCAUUAAAAGAUUUCUGCACAUAGCAAUAAAUAUGAUUCUAGGCCUCGUGUAUCUACAGGUUAAUUUCAUUUGUAAAUGCCUGUUCGUAGACGAAGCUAGAUCAUCUAAAGAUAAGAACACUUUGGUUUCAUUAUCACAACAUAAGCUUUGGACUGUGAUAAUAGGAGAUGUGUAGGUAAAUUGUUAUAUAAAUAAUAUUUUUUGGAAGGUUCAUAUUGUUUGCGAAUUGUGAAGUAUAGUAUUCGCUCUCUGUCACUUACUAUACUGUCUGUUACUUAUUAAAAUAGCUAGUAGAAAGUUUGUCGAUUUGCAAGCAGUUAAAAUGUUAACUGUAGUAUCUAAACUACCAAUUUAUGUAAAGG